AUGAAUCGCACAGUCUCCACACUAUCAACGACUGUCACUGAUGCAUCCGUGGAAAUACCAUCGAUAUCCAGCGUCAUUAAUACCGAACUGCCCGCAUCAGACGUAUACUUUUACACCUUGAAACUGAUUAUAUUAGACUACAUUAAUGAACCACGUUUUAGAGACACGGCUUUACAAUCAAAUAGAACAGAUACUUCAAGAGUUCUGUUCGACAAAACAAAUCAUCAAAAACCGCAUGGGAAAAAGAUACUGGUUGACAAACAAGAUGAUAUGUCAGAGCGCGACAUAGUGCAGGCAACAUUGCGGAUAUUGAAAGGUAAGUUAGCGCAAAUUUCAGGUAAUAAAGGCUUGGCGCCGAAUGAGAUGCACUGGAAAAGUAUUGUUAAAAUGUACUAUAGCAUGCUUGACUCCUCUACUGCGGAUUCAUUCUCUAAGAUGAGUCAAAUGGAAGAGAUUGUUGGUUAUUUCACAAGUGUUGCCAGUAAUGAACUGAAGAAAUUGGCUGUUGGAAGCUCCCGUGAGGAAUUAUUUACCGAAGUUGCUUAUUUUAUAGAUCUGGUGAUUGAUGUGCUUCCAGACAGCUGCGCAAAUAUUAUAAAAAGAUUACUUGAUUAUAAGAUUAGUCUUAAAAAGGGUGAUACAACAGGAAAGAAGAAGAAAGCUAUUUCCACAGCGGCAAUGCCUCAGUAUAGAAGCAUUUCGAGUGGUUCGAGCAAUAAUAAACAGCCUUCUUUCAAAUUUCAGGAUAUUUCACAUAUGAAAUAUUUUAUGCAGUUGUUUGAAGUAGAUGAAACGAAACUUCAACAAGACAUAAUAGCCGUAAAGGAAGAUUCUACAAAUCCCAUAUUCUGCGGUGAAUUAAGGUAUCUCAGGAAAAAAAUCAAGAAGGAUAAUGGUUUUUUGACUGGUUCAGAUUUUUCAAGUGACCGAGAUUACAUUCUGUGGAAGAAUUAUGAACUUCUUGAAAUUGCCAAUCUGAUGGAUCGAUUUGGGACGGAUGAGAAAGUUACCUCUCAUGGCAAUCGCCUCAUACCCAAGGAUGCCAAAAGCGUAUUCGUUUGCCUCAUACGCCUUGUUUUGGAGAAAGAGUGUUCUAAUACCGUGAACGCUAUAAAUUUUUCUCAAGAGGCUCUAUUUUUUCUUCAUAAAUCAGCAAGAUAUUGGAGGAUAGAAUAUCCUUCCACUAUAUCCUCCUUGGUUUACUCAGCAGCAAAUUUAAGUAUUUUAAAAGAUGAAGAGUUGAAUAUCCCGAUCACUGAAAACUUGUUUUCUGUCAUCCAAAAUAAAUAUCUAUGUUCAGAAGACAAUCUCGACUCCUUCACCUGGAAUACUCCAGAUCGGUAUUUGUGGGCUGCAAAUCUUUUUUAUACGACCGACCAGUCUAUGCGAACGAUUAAUAAUCUUUUGACAGCGAUUUUUUCAAGUACGAAACCAAAAUUCUCUCCAGUUUUAUCUUUCUAUUAUUCAAAUAUCGUUGACGAUCCAGUAAUGGAAUUUUACGAGACACAAUCUUUGGCUGUAAGAAAACAUUGGAUUAAAGUAUUCAAGAAAACUCUUUUCAAGACAGCAGAAGAGUAUUUUAUUUCUCUGUUGCAAGACAUGCUAAAAGGUAAUAUAAUUGAAAUUCAAAGCGUUCAGAACCUUGUAGAGACAAUUAUAGAAGCCAUCAAAGCAAUUCAAAAGCGCUACAGUAAACCAUUACUGGAUGAAAUAUCUCUGCCUAGACAAUGUGCAGUAUUUCUGUGUGAAGUAUACGGUUCCGACUCUUUAAAACUGAUAAAAACUGCUGAAAAAAGUAGUUUGAAGGAGACUGGAGAAAGUUUGGGACCAAUCGACGCACUAGACAUGUAUGACGUACUAAAGGAACUGAGACAGAUUUAUAUUCAGGUGAAGCCAAAAGGCAAAUUUUUUUUCAAUCUUGAAGGUUAUUUUGUCAAAUAUUUGACUCAAUUAUGUGAUGACGUGAGUCGUAAUGUUCAAAAGGUCAUUAAAACAUCGAUUGAAAGUGAAAACUGGCAACCCAUAAACGACCAAGAUCAUUUUAGUAGGUCCGUUUUGGAUAUAUUCAAAAUGAUAAAUGAAUCAACUAGCAUGCUCGAGAAGUUUGGCUGGGAGAAUGAGUUACAAUUAGCACAAAUGAACACGGUGAUAUUGAAGGCCUUUUCGGACGGUAUGCUUUCAUAUUCGAUGCAAGUGAUGAGUUUCAUUGAGAAAGAUUUAGAGGAAAGUGGUGAACUAUCCUAUUCUUUAGAAAGCUUGGACUCUCAAUCUUCACAUAAUCUCAAUCAUACUAAUCCAAACCACGAACGAUCAAGGAGCAGUAGACUCUUCGAAGAUUUGAAAAAUGCUGUUAAAUCAACUCCAAAAAUUGUGGCGCCUGCUCCAUAUCAAUUUAAGAAGAGGACAUGUGUACUACUGAACGACCUUGAUAAAACGCUUUUUUUGUUAGAAAAUUUUGAGGAAAAGGCAGAUCCAUCAAAAAUUUCUUCUAUUAUCGCUCAGUAUCAUUCCUCCCGUAACUUGGAUGAUGAUAGGAAGUCAUCCGAUGACCAGAAUAUGAAGCAAAUUUAUACUCUCAGGGUUAUUGGCGCUGACAACGUUAAAGGCUUCAGUAAAACGGGGCUUUCAAAUUCUUAUGUUUCCAUGAGAAACAUCACUUUACAACGGGAAAUAGGGACAACUAAGACUGUCGCAAGAUCAAUUACUCCUAAAUGGGAUGAAGAGUUUGUAUUCGAGUCACCUUUUGGUAAGUCAAAUGAUAUUAUGUUCACUAUAUGGCACCAUCCCCACAGUAGGUUAAAGAAUUUGGCAGAAGACGAUUUAUGUGGAAAGGCCAACAUGAAAUUUACCCCAAGAAAACUUAAAGACGAUGGGUUUCCUAUCGAUUUCUCACUGACUUUGAGUCCACAGGGAACUCUAUACUGUCAAAUUUCUCUGGAAAGCGAGAAAGUAGAUGCUGUUUCUUCCAUGGGAAGAAUAUAUAGAUCUUUCAGUAGGUCGAGAGAUCGUGCAAUAAACUUGAUAGUCAACAAAUUUUCUAACUUUAUUGCUUUCGCCUUCUCGAGAACCACAUUAAAAGGCGUUUGUGGUCACCAUGGUACUACACUCGCAUCUAAUGAGGCAGUAUAUGAUGCAAUACUACCGCUAUUCGACUAUUUAAAUGCAAAUUUAAACAUUUUGGCAUCAGAACUUUCUCAGAGGUUACUGUUUAUGGUGAUGCUAAGAGCGUGGAAUCUGGUUUUAGAGAACGCUGAUUUGCUUCUUUUACCUGCACUGAAUAGUGCCAAAAUCAAUAGAUUGCGCUCGGCAAAAAAGUCUCUUUGGGAAAAUACCAUUUCAAGUACGAAAACAGUUUCGGGAUACGGCCGUCCAUUAACUCAAGCAGAAAUCGAAGCUAUAUUUAAGUGGCUUGAUGCAUUAUGUGUGGAUUUUUUUCAUAACAAAGGAGAAGGUCCCCCUCUUGCCGAGUUGAAGAAUGAGUAUUACCAGAACAUAUUAUUGAUUCCGGCUUUUUAUGAUGAAAGCAUCCUUGAAUUGAAGGAAGAAGUUAAACGGUUAGCUCCUGCAUAUGAGGAGUAUUUGAAAUGGUUCUACCUGAAAAAAACUCCGAUCACUUUUGCCAAUAAAUCUGGUGGGACAAUAUCUCGAAAGAAAUCUCUAGCAGCUAAUAUCGUGAAAGAGCCUAAGGAGCAGCUAGAGCGUGACGCAGAAGUAAUGAAUAUUAUACUGAGAAUUUUGAUUGCAAAAGGCCAACAAGAUUAUGUUCAUCGCAUUUUGCAUGACAGAAAAGACCUUGUUAACACUAUGAAGAAUAGAAGAGCGGUAAGUAGAGCAGUCAAUUACACCGGAAAAAGAAGUUGA